UUGCUGUCAUACAUUUUUGGGUUGGGGUCUUUAAAUGUUUGAAUAGUCUAUAUUUCGCACACACACCACUUGAAAACCUAAAUUGUUCCGUAUAGAAGAGAUUACACUAUGGUAGAUUGAUCACCGACCGGUUUGGAACGAGUGCGAGGGACUGUGCGGCAAAAUGGCGUCAAACGAGAGUCUAACCCAGAAGCUCAUCGGUCUAUAUCGCUCCUGCGAGUGUCUAUGGAAUCCCCAUUCUCCUGGAUACCUAAACGGGACUGCGCAGGAGGAUGCCUGGCGGAAGAUCACGCGGGGAAUGAACAGUGGCCUAACCCCGGACCAGGUGAAGCUCCAGGUGUUAGCCCUGCGGAGCUACUACGAUGCAGAGUGUGCCGCCAUCCGACAAAGCAAACAGGAGGGAUAUAGCUAUGAGCCGCGACACUCCUACUUUAAUGAUCUGCUCUUCUUGGGUAAAGUUUUAUCCGAGGAGACAGAGGAGUCAAAGGCCAGUUUCUGCUUGAGUCAAUUGAACGGUAUACUGGAGGAUUCCCUUAUCCGGAAGGACUGUGCCCUAAGUAAAUACCCGCAAAACUUUUCAGAGGCCACUUUUUCUCAGGGCACAGCUUCCUUGUGCAAACGAUCUAGUGAUUCCAAGCCCGAUUACACUUUUUAUAAGCUGAUUCUGGAACCAGAAAAGCCAUCAACGCCUCCAGAAAUGGAAAAAGGAGAGGAUAUUGAAAAAAGCAGAACAGCCUCCGGCAACGACAAUAACAGAUGGUAUCCCACGGCUUAUUGUGUGCCGUGUAAGAGAAAAAAGCCCGGUUGCAUGCCGAGAUGCCCAUGUACCGACUCAGACAGUGAAAGUUCAUUGGAGCAUUGUUGUGCUCGCAGGGCGAUUAGUGUGUAUGGUCACAAGUGCUGUUCAUGUUCGUCGAUGUGCGAACACUCUCAGUCUUCUCUAUGUUGCUGUCGACCAAUUGUAAACAAUAGAGGCAGGUGCCGGUAUGCGGAACCAGGCCCCAAGCUUUGCUGCCAACCCCGCCCCUUUUAUGUUCCCAAGUGCCACCCUACCAACACUGGCAGAGACAAAUCUUGCUGCGUCACCAACUGGAGGCGGAACAACAAAGCCGUAUGCCGCCGUCUAAGGGCUCAGUUGGAUGCGCAGGAAGCUCGGAACUCACCAGGAUGCUGCAAUUCAACUGAUCGCCUUAGGGUUCAGAUGGCCCGGCAGAACUCAUGUUGCUGCGAUUCACAUGACUGCCUGACUGUUCAGGUGGUAACGCCCCCAUCACGCUGCUGCGAGUCACAAGAACUUAUACAGAGUCAGUGCGCGGGGCAGGAAACCCGGAACACAUCAUACUGCUGCAGUGAACGCCGGCAGUCGGGCGAGGACCAGAUGCAUGCAUGCUCACAGAAUGGAAUUCCGCAGAUUACUAACUACCAAUCGGGCUGUGGUUCACCCUGCACUAACAACAAUCAGCAGGAUUUGGAUUACGGGCGGUAUAAUCAGCAGGGGCUGGAUACAGGAAACUACUGCGACAACCAACAAAUGCCGGAAUCCAAUACUUACAUGAGUAACCAGCAAGUGCAACAACGUUACAACAAUGAUCCGCAGGGCCAGCAAAUGUAUUCGAACAGCAUGUACUACCAAAUGCCAUCCGGCAAGCAAAACUACUACCAAUCGCAGCAGCAGUGCACCCAGAGCACCAUAAACUCGCAGCAGCCCACGAACCUGUGCUCUAAGCAGCAGUACGGUAAUUCGAAUUAUGUUCCCCUUCAUCCGCUGUUUGAUUACGGACGAACUUCGAUUCCGGAUCAGUCGAACAUGUUCAAUUGUGGUGCGGAGAACCCUUGCGGACAACUACAGACCCCAGCUCCAGUGCCAGUACAGAGACCUUUAACGUGCCUUCCGCCUCAGCAAGAUGUUCAGGUCUGUCAGGCACCCUGUGCUGCUUCAAGAACCCCGGAGCUGGACAAUAGGUACUCAGUUGACACCAGCAGGUAUACCGAGCAGGCGCCAAUAAUAGGAGGGAACGUACAGCAGGAAGAUGAUGAUCCUCGAUGUUGUUGUGUCAGUAAAAGAGAUCGCCAAUGGCAAUCAGAUGAUCUCCCUAGGAAUAAUCCAACCCGAAGAAGUAACCAAAAUCAAGGUAGAUACACUGACGACGAGCUGGACACUCAAAGGAGACGGUUAAAUGACUGCGAUCAAGAUAUAGAUCAGAGACAGCGAGUGAGCAGGAAAGUUGAUAGGAUGGAUUAUGUCACCAGAGCGAGAAGCUAUGACCAAAUGGACCAUACUUCUAGAAGUCGCGGAUGUUAUGAUGAGAGUCCAAAUCGCAGGGGAUGUCGCAAUAAUGGUCCAGAGAGAAAUUAUGAAGAGUUCCCUGGUGGAAGGAAACAAUCCAUGGCAGAGAGAGAUGUGUGUAAUACUGACUGUAACUAUGAUAAGUGCCCCACUUUAAGGCGACGUAGGCCUGAUGAUUGCGAUGAUUGUUCCGAGGCACCGACCAGAAGAAACCCUGACAUUGAUUGUCCACGGAGAUUGGACCAGACCACUUGCCCAAGAAAACCCAGUCCCGAGGGUCGAAAGAAGCCAAAGCGAAACGAUUAUGUGGAUUGCAAAAACCCGGACUGCCAGCCAUUGAAACUACCAACAAAGAACUGCAAUGGUGCCCAAGAGCCUAAAGCGUGCACACUGCCCACGGAUGAUUCGCAAUGUGUGCCGUGUUCGUGUACGCCGUGUCCGCCGUAUCCGCCUUGUCGCCGGGUUCCAAGGGAUUAUUGCAUGCCAGCGGACCGAUGUUGGUAUGACCGCGAAGACAGAAUCGCAGGGAAGACAAGACCGCCGCCUAGAAAAUGUGACUACGAAGAUGACAGAAAACCAACUACCAGGAAUCGAUGUAGACCUCCUCCAGAAGAGAUCGAAUGCGAAUGCGAAUCCGACAACGAGAGGAUACCCUGUCCCCACCGCAGAAAUAGCAGAAAUAGGGAUAAUAGGCCAACAAGACCAUGUGAUGACAAGGACGAUACAUGUUGUUUAAGACCUAAAAAUAGACAAGAUCAAGGAAAGGGAAAAAUCGAAGUUUGUCCGGCUUGUUGCACUGAUAACACGUGUCCCUAUUCGUCGAGAAGACCACCUUGCAGGGACCCUUGUGCGUCUCCAAAAAGAAAGUCAAGAAAAUGCUUUGACGAAAGGGAGUUGAAGAAUAUCUGUAGAAAUCAAUCUGCGUCAAGAAAGUGUCCACGACCUAGGGACGAUAAUACAGAUUGCGAUAGACCCAAGAAGGGUUGCUCUUCUCUUCAGAGACCGAAGAAAAAGACUGGUCCAAUGGAUGCCAACGAUUGCGAAUGUUCGUCAGAUGAUAAUAAUUAUGACCAGGGAAGAUGUCGAAUAUGCAAUCGGUGCUGCGAUGAUGGACCUAAAGAAAACUCAAAAUGCCGUCCUAGAAGAACCGACAGGAAUGAGUCUUAUAAAAAUAAUGCAAGAUCUCAGAGGGGAUAUGCCGAUAUAGACGAUGAUUAUGACUGUUGUGAAGAAUGUUGUGCCAAGAGGUGCAAGAAAAAUUUGAAUGAUUUUCUGGAUGGCUGCGCUUGCAGUAGCGAUAGCGAUGAGUAUAACAGGAAAAUUGAUAGAUCCGGUUGUUGUGGAAGAAGGUGUGAAUCUCCUAGGAACGCACAGAAGUACAAGGAACUGGGAUGCAAACGGCCUACGAAUAAAACAAACUCUCCAUGUCGUCAAUCAAAGAAAACCGAUGUAUACGAAUCGGAAUGCGACUGUCAAAGCAACAUUCCCAAGCGUUAUGAUAACAAACAGUCUCCAAGGAAGCAAGAGUAUAAGUCAAAGGGAACCGAUGUAUACGAUUCAGAUUAUGACUGUUUUUGUAGUUACGAUGAAAAAAAACAUAGGUGUGAUAGGAAGCCUCCUCCAUGCUGCCCGGGACCUCGGUGUAGAAACGAUCAAAGGGAACAAAAGAUUGAAAGUACGCGAUGUUCUAGGCCCGAAAAAAGGACUUGCAGAAAAACUCUCGACACCAGCCAAAAUAAGUGCGCCCAAAAUGACGCUACGAAAGACGUCUUAUCAGAAGAAAAUCAAUUCGAAUUUUGUGAUUGCGAAUGCAAAUGCCCUGAAGAUAACGCAACGCUGAAAGCAAAGUGUGAUCGGGUUGAAGAAAUUUGUGCUUGCCACUGCGGACCACCUUUUGAACCACAGCUAACUCAGUCCAGCAAACGAAAUCCAGCCGGAAAUGGAAGUCCUUUCGAUGAUAAAGUUGGAAUUGAGGCUCUCAAACUUGACACAGCCAACAAUCAAUGGCAAGGAGCCUAUAAAUUGAACAUCGACUUGCCUUUCUCCGGGGAAACGAAAUUAGUGCAGGUACCAGAAUGUAAUGUUUCGCUUCCUUGCAAGAAAAAAAAACCUAGACCGGGAUCCGCCGGUCCCUCGAAGAACGUCAGGUCCUUAAAGCUUAAAUCCGCAGCCGCCAGCCCCACUCGCAACUCAGGUCCUCCGAAGAUACAGCCUGGUGAGACGGCCAAGAAACGAACUACCUCCUCUUCGAAUGGAAGACGUAUUGCCCAGGGCGGAGCCAGAAGGACCACGGACACAAGUGCAGCUGUCAACAGCAAGUUGCUCAAUGACUUAAACUCGGCCUCAUAUUUUAUUUGCAAAUUACAGGACGACGAUAACAGCCAGCAGUAUCUUAUUGUCGUGCCAAAGGAGCCAAUUGCACGAUGGGAUACGCGCCGGGAUGACCCAGGACAGGGGUCUGGGAAGCAGUUGCACUGCCAACGGCAGUUCUCCGGCUUCCAGAACGUGUCCUGGGUCAACCCAGCGUCCGAUUCAGUAUUACCAUCGCCGCCAUUCCAUCCGAUUAGGGAGAUCUCUGCGAUAAGUUCCUUUGCAAUACCACCCGGCAUGACAGAAACCACGAUGGGCAUCGUCAAGGAUUACCUUCAGCAAACCAUUAUAGCAGGCAGUUCUGGACUCAGGCGGAGCACCCAGUCGAUUGUUUCCCCUCAAACAAUGCUGACGACAGCUUUAGUUGGGCCAACAUCGCGGUGCCAUUCCGUUGACCGGCCAUCCGACAAAGGAAAUGCUGAAAUUCAUACUGAGAACCCCAUCGUCCUGCCUACGAAUCGCAAUUCCAUUCAGAACUUGAGUUUGGCUAAAGACAAGGAGGAAGUAAUCGUCUUGCUUCCUCCCAUCUCUGGUUUCCGGUCCUCAAUAAACUCUUUCCGCACGGACGCAGUGGAUGUGCAACGGAUCACGGUCCGAAACAGUGGCACCGAUGUAAAUCCUACGCCGCAUCCAACUAAGCCACCGCCUCCCAAGCCGCCUACGAAGCCCAAGCGAAAUGCACUUCUGUGAUCAGUCCAUAGUUGUUAUGUUUUCACACAUACUUCCCUGGCCACGGCCAUUGAAUCAUAUAAAGAAUAGUGCCCAACCGAA